CUGUAUGCCAAUAAUAAAUUUAAAAAUUAGUACAUUUUAAGUAUGCAUACGUGGAUGAAUCAAUGAACGCAUUGAUACACUAUGGUAAUGAUACCGCCAACACGUCUUUCAGGAAAAUAAACAAUUUUACUAAAGGGAAUCCGGAAUAUUAAAUAUUGUUGACUACCACAAUGAAAAUUUCGAUGCAGAUUAUUACUAAAGUCAGUUGCAGUGAGUCCAAACAACACAUAAAAUUCUUAUUGUUUGAGUGGGUUUGGAUAGUCGUCAUAGUUUGUAAUCUAAAUAUAAUAAACGCAGAUCAAGUCGUUUUACUGGACACAACCAGAGAAGCAACACUGGAAUGGACAAGGUAUCCAUAUGGGCCUCAAGCACAGACACCUGGUUGGGUAGAGGAAUCAUUUACAGACUUUGUAAAAGGAAUAAAUUGGCGAAGCUACGUUGUAUGCGAUGUUGCUUAUCACAACGUCAACAACUGGCUUUGGUCACCGUUUAUCGACCGUGGCCCAGCCAACCGUCUAUAUAUUGAGAUCCAGUUUACAAUUCGCGAUUGCUCGCUUUUCCCAGGCAAUGCCCUUUCGUGUAAGGAGACAUUUAGUUUAUUGUUCUAUGAAUUUGAUGCUGCAACUCGAGAGCCACCUCCAUGGCAAACAGACAGUUACAAACUGAUUGCUAGAAUAGCGGCAGGCGAGGGACGCUUCAAUCAGAACUCCGAUGUGGAUAUAAACACUGAAGUAAAGAGUAUUGCUGUAAAUAAGAAAGGCGUAUACUUUGCCUUCCGUGAUCAGGGUGCAUGCAUUAGUGUGUUAGCCGUUAAAGUAUACUAUAUAACUUGUCCAGCUGUUACCGAGAAUUUUGCCCAUUUCAAUGAAACACCUACUGGCAGAGAGAUAACAAUUAUUGAAAAGCAAAACGGAACUUGUGUCGAGAAUGCAGAACCAUAUGAGCCACCCACCUACUUGUGCAAAGGCGACGGAAAGUGGACCAUUCUUAGUGGAGGCUGCCGCUGUAAAGUCGGCUUCGAACCAAACGAUAACUCCAAAAUAUGUGACGAAUGUCCUAUUGGUACGUUCAGAUCAAGUGAAGUUCGAAAGUGUAUACCCUGCCCACCAAACUCAAAUAGCUCAAAAACAGGCUCUCCGCUAUGCAAAUGUAAGCAAGGAUUUUAUAGGCAUCCUCGGGAUGGAAGACAUAUGCCUUGCUACAGAUCACCUGGUGCACCCAUAAAUGUGACUCUAUUAUUUGUUGAUCAAACCAGUGCUAUAAUAUCGUGGAAUGCUCCGAUUAAGGAUGAUACACCAACGGCGAAUGGAUUAGAAAAGUAUCGCAGUGAUACUGUUUAUAAAAUACGAUGUAGCAUGUGCAGUGCCAAUGUUAUGUUUAAUCCAUCGACCGACACGUUCAAUGAAACUAAAGUCACUCUUACAAAUCUUGAUCCUGUAACCACAUACUCAGUGGAGAUUCAUGCAACCAACGGCAUUACAUACUUUGUAGAUGGUUGGCAGUAUGCCAACGAUUCAAUAUACCUUACCAAUGACAGCCAAUUUAGCAAUUCGUCAAGCUACUUACCAAGUUUGACAAAUAGCCAGCAAUUAGAUUUAAAUGAAAUUAAGACAGACCAUGCUGAAAUCGUUUUCACAACAGAGUCAGUUAUGCUCUCAACCGUAUUCAAUUUGCGUGUCGUGGCUAUAACCGGUAAGGAGGCUGAUAUAGUCUGGGAUAAACCUCUACAAAAUGACGCACCAAUAGAUUUGUAUGAAGUGCGUUGGUUUCCCAAGACCGAAUUGGAUUCGAUAAAUAAAACAUCACUAAACACAAAGGAGACGAAGUUACAUAUUGAGGGUCUGACAGAAAGCACCGAAUACGGCUUUCAAGUACGUUGCAAGACUUUAAAUGGCUUUGGAUCUUUCAGCAACAUAGUAUAUGGCCAAACACAACAGUCUGUUGAAUCAGUGUAUGAAGAUUCAAUACAAAUCCGUUUUAUUGCUGGAGCUAUCGUAACGGGCGUAACUCUACUCGUGAUUGUUAUUGUUGGGACUGUUUACGUAAUGCGUUCCAGGCAUCAAGAUGAGUUAGACAAAAAGGCUACUAACCAUUUACCGCUACCAACGGACUACGCCAGCAAUGAAGUAAAUGCGAUGGAUACAACUCCAAUUGUCAAGACUGUGCAUUCGAAUGUGACAACUCCACUGUUCGGCAACAGCCGUAGUUAUGUGGAUCCUCACACCUAUGAAGAUCCCAACCAGGCAAUAAGAGAAUUCGCCCGUGAAAUUGACGCAAAUUAUAUAACAAUCGAAGCCAUAAUUGGUGGCGGUGAAUUUGGUGAUGUUUGCCGCGGCCGUCUUAAAAUACCCCCAAAUUUUGUGCAAGACAUUGAUGUUGCAAUUAAGACUUUAAAACCAGGUUCUUCGGAAAAGGCGCGUUGUGAUUUUUUGACUGAGGCAUCUAUAAUGGGGCAGUUUGAUCAUCCAAACGUUAUAUACCUUCAAGGCGUGGUUACACGUUCCAAUCCAGUCAUGAUAAUAACGGAAUAUAUGGAGAAUGGCAGUCUGGAUACCUUUUUACGAGUCAAUGACGGAAAAUUUCAGACUCUGCAACUCAUUGUGAUGCUUCGUGGCAUUGCUAGUGGUAUGUCCUAUCUUAGCGAUAUGAACUACGUUCACCGCGACUUAGCAGCCCGUAAUGUACUCGUCAAUUCCCAAUUAAUAUGCAAAAUCGCCGACUUUGGCCUGUCGAGAGAAAUAGAGAACGCGAGUGAUGCGUAUACUACUCGGGGUGGCAAAAUCCCAGUACGAUGGACAGCACCAGAAGCUAUUGCUUUCCGUAAAUUCACGUCGGCAUCAGACGUUUGGUCAUAUGGUGUAGUUUUAUGGGAGGUUAUGUCAUAUGGAGAACGUCCAUAUUGGAAUUGGUCAAAUCAGGACGUGAUAAAGAGCAUUGAAAAAGGUUAUCGCUUACCUGCGCCUAUGGACUGCCCAGAAGCCUUAUAUCAGUUAAUGUUAGAUUGCUGGCAGAAACAGAGAACACAUAGACCAACAUUUGGAAGCAUUGUCUCCACCUUGGAUAAUUUAGCAAGGCAACCACAAUCAUUAUUGACCACAAGGAAUUCGCCAGAAAAUGACAACACACAUAUUCUGGACACACAAAGAGGUCAUAACUUAUUUAUUAGUACUGACUUAUGGUUAGAUAAUAUAAAAAUGUCUAGAUAUAGUCAACACUUCAAAGAGGCUAAUUUAGUGAGUGCCCAGCAGAUCUCAAGGCUAACAGCACAACAACUUUCUGAUAUGGGAAUAACUUUGGUUGGACAUCAAAAAAAGAUUUUACAUCAAGCUCGGCAAUUGGACACAAUAAUCUAAAGAGUAAAUGUUUUCGAUGGUACACAUACACAUUUCGCGUCACACUCUUUACCAGAAGACACACGUUUAAAUUUUGUCGAGUUUUGUUAAAAAGUAAGCCAAAAAAUGAGAAGCUCCUUUUAUCUGAUAUAUAGCAUGUGUAAGUGAAAAACACAUUUAUUCAAGAAAGCUCGAAUAACCCAUAAUAAUAUAGCUAUAAUUUAAAGGGUGUGAUAUGCAUUGUUUGUGUUCAUUUGAUAUAUAUUUAUAUGUAGCACACAACCAUACAUCCAAACAAUAAAUGUAAGAUAAAUAUAAAAUGAGCCAGAUAAAAGAUACUCACAUUAUAAAUAAGAAAGAUUUGGUAGAUUAUCUGUAGUUAUAAGUGAUAAUCAAUAGUACAGCAAAAUCAAGGGACGAGACCUGUUUAUAUACAUCUUUUACACAAUUUACAUGAAUAUAUUAAACAUAAUAUGUACUAGAAAGCACACACACACACACAUAAACAUGUACAAUAUCAGCUCGCGAUAUAUUUAUUUAAAAAAAGCUCGGUUUUUUUGCGGUAUUACACAUAUGAUACAUACGUAUAACAUGUAGCGAUUGUAACAGACAAACAUAGUGGACUUUCACUAACAAAAUAUGGUUUAAUUUUAUAUUAAUAUUCGAAACAGAAAUGGGAUAGCUGGUUAGUGGUAUUUCUAUAAUGCUAUCUUCGCUACUUGACGCCGUCUCAACAACACACACUGGUUGGCACAAUUAUUUUGACGAACAUUUUUUGCAGCGAUCUUCUUAUCUUUUUAUUUCUUUAAGUAAAAUUUCCAAAUUAUAUAUGGUAGUUAGCUCUUUCUGUAAGCAUUCAAUAGUAUAUGCAUAAAGUAUGAGACUAAAAGAAACUGAAAGAAAAUUCAUAAUGUAGAUUAGUACGGUAGCACAAGUAUUUUGACAAAUUUUUUCAACGUAAAUAGUAA